AUGACGAUAUGCGGGGACAUUCACGGGCAGUUUUACGAUUUGUUGGAACUGUUUAAAGUCGGCGGCGACUGCCCGGAUACAAACUAUUUGUUCAUGGGGGACUUCGUCGAUCGCGGGUUUUACAGCGUGGAGACGUUUUUGUUGCUCCUGGCGCUGAAGGUGAGGUACCCGGAUCGAAUGUAUCUCAUUCGGGGGAAUCACGAGUGUCGACAGAUCACGCAGGUGUACGGGUUUUACGACGAGUGUUUGCGCAAAUACGGGAGCGUCAACGUGUGGCGAUAUUGCACGGAUGUGUUCGAUUACCUUUCGUUGUCUGCGCUCAUAGAUAACAAGAUAUUUUGCGUGCACGGGGGGUUGUCCCCGAGCAUCACGACGAUCGAUCAGAUUCGAACGAUCGAUCGUAAACAAGAGGUGCCGCACGAAGGCGCGAUGUGCGAUUUGCUUUGGAGCGACCCCGAGGACGUCUCCGGCUGGGGGCUUUCCCCUCGAGGGGCGGGGUAUUUGUUCGGCGACGACGUGUGCACGUCGUUGAAC